CGAGGAAUGGAAAUGGCAGGUCCGACGGCCUCGACUUUCUCAAGAUGUUUAUCGGAAAGGCGGUGUAAUUUUAUGUUAAUUCAGUCUGGUGUCGUAGCUUUAGUGUCCUAUCCACAGGUCAGGCUUUCUUCAGGGGUAAAGUCAGCAAGAUCAACACAAAUGAAUAGAUUUUAAGACUGCAUUUGUAAGGGAAGUCAUCUGCCUCCACUACCUGCACCGUCCUGACCAUGGCAGGUGUAGAAGAAGCAAUUGGUCGUCCGCCCGACCAGAAGGAGUUCACUGUGGCCACACCACAGGAGUUCGUCAAGAAAUUUGGGGGGAAUAAAGUCAUCACAAGGAUUCUUAUAGCAAACAAUGGUAUUGCUGCAGUCAAGUGUAUGCGCAGUAUUCGCAAAUGGGCAUACGAAGUGUUCAGAAAUGACCGGGCCUUUCAUUUCAUUGGGAUGGUCACUCCUGAAGACUUGAAAGCGGGAGCUGAGUACAUCAAGUUGGCUGACACAACUGUGUGGGUGCCUGGUGGAGCAAACAACAACAACUAUGCCAAUGUGAAACUCAUUUUGGACAUAGCACUCCGCUAUGAAGCUGAUGGAGUUUGGGCAGGGUGGGGCCAUGCCUCAGAGUACCCUGAAUUGCCAGGUAAUUGUCUUGUGCUAUUUUUUUGCUAUGUAUUGACCUUCAUGAAUUAUCUUUUUUGAUGGAGUCAUAAGCUA